AUGCCGGAUUCUAUCUCCGAUAAAGAGUCGUCGUUCGAGUUCGUCGAUGACACGGAUGCGUCUGAUGGGGAGCUGGAGCAAGUUCCUGCCUUGUCAUCAAAAAACUCGAAUGAAGCUUCUGACGACAUGGAAGAUCGAGUUAUCAAACCAGAUCAGACCGUAGCUCACGAAUGUAUUUCCCAAGUUCUCAAAAACAUUAUUGCUCCAGCGAAAACACCAUUAACCGCUACUGACAGAACUUUGUUCCUUAAAGUUAUCCUUUUCUUUCAAAUUGUAGCCUGUGUAGCUCUCUUCGCACUUUUUUGCUCAAUGAUUAUAGCUGAUAAAAAUAUCCAGCGACUCGAGAUUUCCAACAGAGACAAGAUUAUCGAGGAACUGAAGAACGAUAAAAUAUACUUUCAACGCGAGGUUUCCGCAAGAGACCAGAUAAUCAAAAAUUUCCAGCAACGCAAGAUUCCCGCAGAAGAUAAGAUCAUCGAAGAACUGGAGAAAGUUAAGAGAGACUUGCAGGAAGUGAUUGACAGAGCCGAUAUGAAAGACCGAAAAGCCAGUUUCGAGAAGAUCAAAUGCUUGGAGGAUAUCCCGGAAGAACUGAUGGACAAGUGGACUCCAGACGAGAGCAAGUUUGAAGGAAGCUCAGGAUUUGAAUCGGUCGAUCAAUUUUUCCCCAAGAGUCGCCCAGUUAUCACAAAAGUAUCUGAAGACCGAAUGAUGAUCCAGUUGGUUGGUUAUAAUACACCGAAGGUGUUCUCGAUGGAAGGCUCGUGUAUCUAUAAAAUGUGGAGCGAUGAAGACGACUACGACUACGUUGCGCAGGUUUCCGUGGAAGAAGGUCUGCUGUAUAUUAACUGGGGAGGUCGGUUUACACCGAAAGGGAAAAAGGUCAAGCUCGUCUACAGUAUGCCGGAGGAAUAUCUGUAA